GCGUCCCCCGCCCCCGUACCUCCCCGCCCCACGCCGCAACCAGCUUUCUUUCCCAAAUAUAUCUAAAAGUUUUCAAUUCCUUAGCUCUACAGCCCCAAUCCCCUUCCCACAGAAGAUUUUGCUGUAGCUCAGCACCCAUGCUGGGGAAGUUCUGGGUCUCCACUGGUUGGAGAAUUCAAUGGGGUAGCCAACAUCCUAGCCUGUGGGAGCUAGAGGUGUGAACUGGGCUGAUAAGGUACCCCUUUGUAUAAUUUUUGUUAUACACUUUCCCCCUGAAUCCUUUGAAACCAAUCCUAUGGAAAGAAACUCGAUUUAGAUUGUAACACCACUCUCAGUCCCAGACCCACUAAAAGCUGCUUAGACUGCAACACUUGUAAAUGAUUAUUUAAAAUAUAUCUGAUCAGUGGACCCAGUUCUUUCAUGAAAUAUGCGCUCUCAAUUGUGUUAAUAUUUCUUACAGAAAUAUUAACAAGUGUAUGUGCAUAGCUUUCCCCAGAGGUUAACUUGUUAACUAGGAACAAGUUAAGGGAUAGGAAAGUUGUAAUUACUGUAGCAGGGAUAGAGAUGGACAUCAUAUAAUCAACUUAGGAAAUGGACACGUGGUAAUAACCACAAUUUAGUUUCCUAUGGCCUUAUAGUUUCCAUAAUGACCUUACGGCACUUUAUUCCUUCAAGAUAUUAACACAGCCUCAUGGAAAGAUAGUUCAAAAGUUGAUAAUCACAAGUCUAUACAAUGACACUCAGCUAAGGAAAAUAUCGUAUUCCCCCAUAUAUCUGAAACACUUGGUUCAGAGCUUGAAGGAAUAUUGAAAAAUAUUGCAUACUACCUACACUGUAUGUUUAGCGGCCAAGGAGUUGAUUUCUCUCUUUGCAGAGCUACUGAUAAAUAGGCAAUGGGUAAUAUUAGCGAAUUCCAGUCUUCCUCCUCCCAACACACUGAUAUGCACAGGCAGCUCAUUUGGAUGAAUUCCCAAAUCUUUUUACCUGGCCGUGUGGUUAGUGAUUGGUUUUAUCAGCAAUCAGCUAACUACACUGCCUAGUAACUAGACUCACAGAAAAUAAGGUUAACUUUCAUCACAAACUGCAGACUAAAACUGGUGCCCCCAUACAUUGAGAUAGACAAACCAUUAGUUCAGUUGCAGCUCACUUUGUGGGUUGGUGAAUACUCUACUAAUGAAAAAGAGGCACAAUAAAUCACAGCAUACAGCGUUAAGCGUUAUAGGGGGCUCCGCCCAGCAGUAUAACGUCUUAAAGUCAUUCAACACCACGGAUUUCGCUUUCGACCCCCUCAUUGACUUUCCUUGAAUCAUGAGAGAUGAAAUUGCAACAACAGUCUUCUUUGUCACAAGAUUAGUGAAAAAACAUGAUAAACUGAGUAAACAGCAAAUAGAAGACUUUGCAGAAAAGCUGAUGACAAUCUUGUUUGAAACAUACAGAAGUCACUGGCACUCUGAUCACCCUUCUAAAGGGCAAGCCUUCAGGUGUAUCAGGAUAAACAAUAAUCAGACUAAAGAUCCUAUUCUAGAAAGGGCUUGUGCCGAGAGUAAUGUGGAUUUUUCUCACCUGGGACUUCCAAAGGAGAUGACCAUAUGGGUAGAUCCCUUUGAAGUGUGCUGUAGGUAUGGUGAGAAAAAUCGUCCAUUUACAAUUGCUUCUUUCAAAGGCAGAUGGGAGGAAUGGGAAUUAUCUCAACAAAUCAGUGAUGCUGUAAAUAGAGCCACGUUAGACUACUCCUCGGGCACUUCCUCUGAUGAGGAAAGUUGUAACAAGGAACCUCAGAUAAUUCCUAAAGUCAUCAAUCCAAAGAGUAUCUAUCAGGUUGAAAACUUGAAACAGCCCUUUCAAACUUGGUUCCAAAUGCCCCGCAAAAGGAAUAUGGUGGAUGGCCGGAUGGGCCUCCUGAGAAAUGCUUAUCAUGUGUUGCAUAAAACCCCUAAAGGUCACAGGCCCGCUGCUGCACACCGGGUGGACAGGUACCACUGGGUCAACACAAACCGAUAAGGCAGUGGCUGAGCACUCAGUGGGGCAGAGCUCAACAGAGCUACUUCAUAUUUUCUCUGAAACAAAAAUGAGUCUAAGGUUGAGAGGCCCGGGAAACAGAAAAAAUAACCACAUGAGGGACAAGGGUGCCUGUAGAUCAUGAUUGUGUUCUUAGCUGUGCUUUUAAUUCUUAUUUAAUUUUACAUGAAGUUUUAUGUAACCCUAGUGAAUGUACCUAAUAAGCUAAUAGAGUGACGAUAAUUGACGUGUGGUAAGAUUCAGUGAAUUAUGAAAAGUAACAGUUUAAAUAAACGUGCUGUGUUUUUAA